CCGCACUACAACUCCCAGGGGGCAGCGGGACGUCGCUCUCGCAGCGCCCGUGUCGGCCGGCCACCGUGCGGCGGGUCCCGGCGGCCGCCGCGGGGGAGGGGCAGGAAGAUGGCGGACAUGGUCGUGGGCAGAGACAAGUGCGGGGAGCAGCGCCUCGUGUCGCUGCCCCUGUCCCGCAUCCGGGUCAUCAUGAAGAGCUCGCCCGAGGUGUCCAGCAUCAACCAGGAGGCACUCGUGCUCACGGCGAAGGCUACGGAACUUUUUGUUCAAUAUCUAGCCACCUAUUCCUACAGACAUGGCAGUGGGAAAGAAAAGAAAGCACUUACUUACCAUGACUUAUCCAAUACUGCAGAGGAAUCGGAAACGUUCCAGUUUCUUGCAGAUAUAUUACCAAAGAAGAUACUAGCUAGUAAAUACCUGAAAAUGCUGAAGGAGAAGAAGGAAGAGGAAGAGGAGGAGGAGGAGCAUAACAACGAUGAGGAAAGUGAUGAAGCAGAAUCCUAAACCCCAAACGAAAUGCUUUACAGUCCGCCUGGUGAGGGCCCCCCAGGACCGCCCAGCACUGCGCCUUCAGUCUCCUCACCUUCCAGAGGCUUCCAAGACACCGCUCCUUGGCUGAGACGCAGGGCCUGAGGCACCUGCACACAUGGCCGAGGAGCUGUCGGGCCACCCCUGCGGUUGGCGGGCACCAAGCACGAGCUGCCUGGACAGCCAAAGACAAUGCUCUCCGCGCUCGCUUCGGGUGGCGUUCCAGAGCUUCUCCUGGCGGCUCCAUAAAACAACCAAGUCUCGUUUUAGCUCCAUGUAGUUCAAGUUACAUUUUGUUACAUUGUGUGUAGUUACAUUGCAUUUUUGUAUUUCAAGAAAAUUUGAAUAUUUGUUUAAAUACAGCAUUUUUAACUGUAAAGACAAAAAUUUUAAAUUAAAAGUUAUAUGUAGUUUUACAGUAAAA